AUGUCUGCUGAUUCUAACGAACAUACCAGCGUUUCUUCUGUAACCCAGAAAGAGAGAGACGAUUUGUCCCAGGACUCCUCUUCUCUCUCACCUGCUGGGAGUUCUUCUGCUUCUGCUUCUGCACCUGGUUCGAUGGUUUCCGAUCUUGUAGGAUUCACGGGGCAAGGUACCAGUGAGAAACCGGGGAACCACCUGGAUGGUCUUUCUCUUCAAAAGACAGACACCAUUACUUCUCGUGCUGAGUCUGCGGUUGAUAUGAACAGGAGACUGUCCAAGAUUCUUACCGGUCAGUACGACGAACAAGAUAAAAUCGAGGUGGAUUACUCCAAUACGCUCCCCAUGGGGGGUGAUAGAGCGUACCCUCCAGCUUUACCGGAUGCUGAGCAAUAUGUUGUAACGUUUGAUGGACCAAACGACCCAUUGCACCCGUUCAACUGGUCGUUGAAAAAGAAGGUCAUGAUUUGUGUGGUUUUAUGUUUGGACUGUCUCUGUAUUACCAUGGCGAGUAGUAUUUUUGCCUCUGCUGUUCCUCAAAUCUGCGAAAAAUACCAUGUUAUUCAAGUUGUUGCCAUCCUGGGGAUUACCCUCUUUGUCUUGGGGUUUGCUGCAUCCCCAAUCAUAUAUGCGCCACUGUCGGAAAUCUACGGUAGGAAAGGUGUAUUGGUUAUAGCUGCAUUCGGGUUCGCCUUAUUCCAAUUUGCCGUAGCCACUGCGGAAAACUUACAAACUAUUUUCAUCUGUAGGUUUUUCGGUGGGUUAAUCGGUGCUGCCCCAAUGGCUGUUGUGCCAGCUGCCUUCGCAGACAUGUUCGACACAAAUAUGAGAGGUAAAGCUAUUUGUCUCUUUUCACUUGGUGUAUUCGUCGGUCCUAUUCUAUCCCCAGUCAUGGGUUCCUACAUCGCUCAGAGAACUACAUGGAGAUGGUUGGAAUACGUUGUUGGCUGUUUUGCUAGUUUUAACUUCCUCUUGUUAAGUUAUUUUUACGAUGAAACUCACCAUCCAAUUAUUCUAGUUCGUAAGGCAAAGCAAAUGAGACGGGAAACCAACAAUUGGGGGAUUCACGCUGCACACGAAAGUGUGGAACUGUCCAUUAAAGAUAUCAUUCAAAAGACGGUGACAAGACCCUUGAUCAUGCUGUGUGUCGAACCAACUUUACUAAUUAUCACGAUUUACAAUUCGUUCGUUUAUGGUAUCCUUUACUUGAUGCUGGAGGCGUACCCUAUCGUGUUUGUCGAGGGUUACGGAUACCGGGAAAAUGGUGAACUGCCUUACAUUGCAUUGAUUAUUGGUAUGUUGGUUUGUGCUGCAUUCAUCUGGUAUUUUGAAGGCGAUUAUUUGAAAAGAGUGAGAAAGGCUGGUAAGUUGGUCCCAGAGGCGAGAUUGUACCCAAUGAUCUAUGCAGGGAUCGUGUUCCCAAUAGGGAUUCUAUGGUUCUGCUGGACAGGUUACUACCCAAAAAAGAUCCAUUGGAUUUGUCCAACAAUUGGUGGGUCCUUUAUAGGUUUUGGCUUGAUGGGUAUUUUCCUGCCUUGCUUAAACUACAUCAUUGAAUCCUAUCUGCUAGUUGCCGCAUCAGCUGUGGCGGCAAACACCUUUUUGAGAUCGGCCUUCGGUGCCGCGUUCCCUCUAUUUGCUGGCUACAUGUUCCGCGGUAUGGGUACUGGCUGGGCAGGAUUACUGCUAGGUCUAUUUGCCGCUGCAAUGAUUCCCGUCCCCUUCUUCUUUUUGAAGUACGGUGCAAGAAUUAGAUCACAUUCUAAAUUCGGGUUUAGCAAUUAA